AACGUGGUCAAAGUAGUUGUGAAAACCGCGGGAAGAAGUUGAUGUUCUAAAAUUCUAUAUUCCGUGCUUUCUGUUUCGUUUCUUGGAGUCGUUGUGGUUCAGAGUGAUAUAUGUUAACGAGGAACUGAAAUUUUAACAUAAUGGAAGGGUCUGUGCAGCUGUGUGAUUUUAUUUGGCAGCAUGAAUGUAGAAGAAGGUGGAUUAUAUAUAAAGAAGAAGAAUUGACUAUACUAAAUAAAGCUAUUGGGAAAAAACAAAAGACUGUCAAGUUGCCAAGUAGUAAUAUUAAAAAAGAGAUUAUUGUUCAUCUGGAUAAAAUGUAUCAAAAAAAUCAAGUUACAUCAUAUGAACAGCGAAUUCGAUGUGGAGUUUAUAAUAAUGGUUUCUAUUCUUGGUCUUGGCAAGAUGAUGAUGGUUACUGGUAUUGCUAUCCUGCAUUUGUAGUAUUAUUACUAGAAGUUGCAUAUGAACAGAAAAAAGAAAAGCUGAGUAUGUAUCUUAAUGGAGACUUGGAAAUUGACUUAAUAAACUUUGUCGAAACUAAUGAGGAGACUGGAACCUCUCGACGUAUCAACAGAGAUUGUCUUGAAAUUCCUCUAACCAGUCUUGAGGGAAUGAUGAUAACAGCAAAUUGUAAAAAUCACGUGCGUAAAAUCGCAUGUGAAGUAAAUUUAAGUCAAAGGUUUGUUUUACCUGAAUUUUCUGCCAGUGCCAGAGCAAUUGGAGAUACAGUUCAGUCAUCAGUUAUCACUGUUGGCAUGACUCCUCUAAAUACAGAAGAAGAAAUUGCUUUAAGUCCUGAAGAUUUAAAAUGUGUUCCAGUGGACUCAGAGUGUCAAGAACGUGAAAAUUUUCAUCUGUACUUUGAGAAUGGCGUGCUUUUUACUGCCACAUUAAAUCUAACAAGUUUGCAGAAAAACAGUAAUAAAUUUUAUAUUAUUCAAAUUUUAGAGCAUAAUAAAAGAAAACAGUACUGUGUCUGGCGCCGAUGGGGCCGUGUUGGUAGCAAAGGACAAAAUGAACUUGUCAAAUAUGGUUCUAACAUCGAAUCAGCAAAAGAAGAAUUUGAAAAAAAGAUUCCUCAGCUGACAGUCUUCACAAGGUGUAAAGUGUUCUGCGAUAUUCUUAACCAUGGAUGGGCAAUAAAAGUUAUGCGGAACCUGUUCUUUGGGAUUACAGUUCCUAGAACAGCAACUCAAUCAAAACUGGAUCCCAAAUUGCAGUCUCUUCUGAAUUUGAUUUGUGAUAAGAAACUCAUGGAAGAAGUGAUGAAAGAGAUGAAUUAUGACAGUAAAAGAACACCCCUAGGCAAUUUAACAAAAACACAAAUACAUGCGGGAUAUGCUGCAUUAAGUGAAAUUGUUCAACUAUUAAAUUCUGGAGGUAAGGGCAGUGCACUUGUUAGUGCCUGUAACAACUUUUAUACCAAGAUUCCUCAUGAUUUUGGACGCAAAACACCUACCAUCAUUACUACAUUAGAUGAAAUACAAGAAAAACUGAAAAUGUUAGAAGCUCUUGGCAACAUCAAUGUGGCCAUGAAUUUAAUGAAUGAAAGAAUGGAUAUUGAUGAAGAUCCUCUUGAUAAAUACUACAAAAAAUUAAAAUGUCAUUUGGCAGUGCUUGAUCAUUCUUCUGAAGAAUUUGCUGUUAUCGAGAAUUGUAUUCAAACUACGCAUGGUCGAACUCAUAACAGCUACAGCAUGACCGUCAUCGAUAUCUUCUCCAUUAGAAGAGAAUUGGAAAGUGAAUCAUUUUUAAAUUAUGGAAAUGUUAUGCUGCUGUGGCAUGGUUCACGUCUAACCAAUUGGUUAGGUAUUUUAAAAGAAGGGCUACAAAUUGCGCCACGUGAAGAACUCAUCUCAGGCACUUUAUUUGGAAAAGGUAUCUAUUUCGCUGAUGUUAGCAGCAAAAGUGCAAAUUACUGCAAGGCAACUAAAAAGAACAAUUCAGGACUUCUUUUAUUAUGUGAAGUCUCCCUGGGACAGCAGUUAUAUCUUUAUGAUAAUAGAGACAUAAAUCUGCAGUUACCUGAGGGCUACCAUAGUGUAGCUGGAAUAGGCUCUAUAAAACCUACUAAUUAUCACUUGGGAGUAUUAUCGGCAGAAGCUAAGUUACCAGGAGGUCCACUCGUAGAAGAAAAUGUGAAAUGUUAUUUACAGUACAAUGAAUAUGUUGUUUAUGAUCCAAAACAAAUAAAAAUGCGCUAUCUUGUUAGAGUUAAAUUCAAUUUUAAAUGAAUAUUUCUGUUUACUCUUUUACAUUCACUUUUUAAAAAUUUUUAAACUGUUGACACUUUUUAAAGUAUUUAUUUUGUUAAUAUUUUAUAUUUUUAUACUAUAUGCAACACAAUUAUAUUGAAAUGUUUUGCAUCUGCUAGAUUUGUGGUUCUGAAUAAAAUGACCCGUGGGAAACUCAUUAAUUGUAAAGGCGAUAUUAAGAUCUUGAACCAGAAAGACAGUUUUAAUAUUGAAAUGAAACAGAUUGUAUAACAUUUCUAUGAGCCAGACAUGCAUUAAUUUUGUAACAGUUUAAAUUUUUUACAAUUUUUAAAGAUUCAGAGUGUGUUUGAAGACUGAAGAAUUCUUCUAUAAUUUGCAGCAGAUGCCUUAUUAGUAGCACUGCUUUACAUUCUAAAUUUAACCUGUUAAUUGGGGAUGUCAUUUAUAUUAUUAACAAUGCUUUAAAGUACCUGAAAUAUUAUACAGUGUGAUGUUUAAUAUAUUAGUGCUGAUUUCAGUGUUCAAAAAUUUGGUGCAUUGUAAAACCUUUUGCUGGUUUUAAAGAAUAAUAAUCUCUUUUGAAAGGAACUGAUAUUUUUUUAACUGAAAUUAUGGCAGUUGUUACACAUCUAAUAUUUUAAAAUACAGUAAGAUUGUGUGUUCUAUCUGCUUUAUAUUUAAAAUUUAUUUUUCUUAUUAUGUUCAUUUUGUUAUUUAGAAUGUGUUUUCCAUGUACUUUGUUAUGCAGCAUAUAUUUAUCCCCUCUCCAAAAAAUGCAUGCUAUUUUUAAAGAUAUCAGCUAUACCUGAUACAUGAAAGUAUUCUGUUUGGGGGGGGUCAUGUAAGUAAGCCUUUUCUUUACAAAUUUAUUAAUAAAAAAUGAAUAACUUUAUUAAGUUUUGGUAGAAAACAUAAUAGUGAUAUAAAAUUCUGUAAAAAAAUGUAUGUCACAUUAACUCAAAGUAGCAAUGCUACAGCUGCUUAAGUUGACUUUUACUUUUUUUCUUUUUGUGUGGUGUUGGCUACAGGUCUUUCUAAUUAUGUGAAAUCAAAAAGUGAAUUUAUUUUUUUUUUUGUUAAAAUCUGAUCUUCAGAUCUUAAACCUAAAUUUCAGGGAAGGGGAAUUAAAAAUUCAGGACACUAGAAAAAUUGAUUUAUUUUUUUUGAACAGUUUAUUAUAAACAAGAUUAUUAAUUUUUUAAUGGUAUUUUAUAUUUAAGAUAAGCUCAAUAAGUUAAUCUGAGUUGAAUCGAUUGGUCAGUUAAGUUUUUAGCUAGGAUUCCAUCGCUUGCAGAAAAAUGUGUUUAAAGUUUAUGGUUAGAAAAAGUAGUACUCAAUUAAUGAUUAAGUGGACAUAUUGCUAGAGAAGCUUAAUCCAUAAUGUCAAGCUCAUAUAAUGUAUGCCUUACUGUUCUGCAAAAUUAUCCAUUUGAACCGUUAAUUCCUGUUUCCAAGAUGGCCUGGCCUCUUUCCUUUUUCUUCUUUUCAAGUGGUCCUCAGUGUACGAUAUUUUGAUGAUUCCAUGUGGAGUUUCAGGGCUCCAGUUUGGGUUUAUAGCAUUAAAAAUGCAUUUUCAGGUGUUAAAUAUAUUUUAUGAACUGUAGAAGAGUGUAAAAAUAUUCAGUUCUUCAUGACCCUCACCCCAAUAUAGCAUUUUGUUAUGAAUUUUUUUAAUAAUUAAUCCAUAUAAUGCAUAAAAAAUUUUAAAUAUUGUUUUUGCAAUUGUUUCAUUAAAUUAAACCAGGUUAAGAAAGGUUGUGAUACAAAGAAUUUCAUUUGUUGUAUUUAUUGUACAGUCAAAAGUCGUUAAUUCGGACACCCAUAAUUUA